AUGUCAUUGAUCUGUUGUGUACUGUCAAGCAAGUACAUUCGAUCAGAGUUGUUUAGACAUGUGUCAUUGAUACACAAACAGUUGGACAUCACCAAAGUCUUCAGUUCAUCAGAUAUCGCAUCACUCUAUCAUUAUGUACAAUGUAGUGACACUGCCAAGUUCAUCCAUCACUGUAAUCAGUUGGACAUCAGUGUCCAUUCACCUCAAGAUUUACUUAGUACGAUCAUCGAUGCAUUCUAUCUUGUGUUGAAGAAGCAGAAUGACCGAUUGGUGACUUAUAUCAUCGAGCGAUUCAGACGAGGCAGCAACACAUCUGAGGACCAGUUCGUCAAGUUCGUCAGACACUCAUUGUUCCGCCAUAUCAAUUACAACUCUCAUCUCAAGCUCAGUCGACAAAUGAUAGAUACAUUGCUCAGUUACUUGCCUGAUGUUGCUCCAUCAUCGAUCGUUCAACAUAUGAUGAGGUCUGCAUUGGUCGAACAUUCCGAUCUUGACUUGUGCGUCCAGAUGUCGCCACUCGAUUUGUCCCACCCUAUAGGGUGUGCAAUCGAUCAUUAUGUCACGAUUGGCCAUACGAUGAAGGAGUUCAACCCAAUGUUCCUCCAACAUCAAUCACGUAUCAUCGAUGACCUUCACCGAUACCUAGAGUCACACAAGCCUGAGGAGUAUUACCUAUCAACAUAUAAAUUGGUUAGCUUUGCGACCAAACACCGACUGUAUGACCUGCUGAUGAAGAUUGCUAAGCAUGUCGUUCAUUAUGAGAACGAAGAAAUUUCGCUGUGUCUAUCACCUUUGGAGCAAAGUCCAAUCAGUGUCGGGUCACUCAUGGAGCUUGAGAUCAAUAACCCUCCACUAUUCAAUCGACUGGCCUCUGCUGGUGACAUCACCUUUAUGAAGCAUGUCCAACAUCUCAUGCCAAAGUACUUGAGCAGGAUCAUAGGUGGAAGUCCGUACCAAAAGCUCUAUGACCAUCAGUUGCUACAAUGUGCGUUAUCCAACAACCACUAUCAAUGUGCACUCUACAUCUUGGACAACAUCACACCAGUAGAACAAUACUCACCAGGACCAGCCGACAGAUGGAUUGUGACUGGCAUCAACAUGUCCAACGAUCACAACUGGAAUGACUUCAUCAUCAAGAAUCAUAAAUGGCACUUCGACUUUGGAAAGAUAUGUCUGUAUUCGGACGCGAUCAGAGGCAGACGAUUGGAUGUGAUUGAGUAUCUCGAAACCGGACAGUUCCAAAAAGGUCGAUUGUUCAACUUUGAUCGAAUACUCAACGUGGCACUCCAAGAACAAUUUAUUGAUGCCAUCAAGACAAUCAUUCACAAUCGUCCAGGUCACGUGUACAAGAAUAUCAAGCUGUGUCUCAUUGAUCAAUGUGCAUCCGACAUCCAAGAUAUGUUCCUAGCGAGUUUGCAGCCUGGUGAAUGUAUUGACUUUGACAACUCCAUGCUGACAAACCCAUACAAGGUGGCGGAGAUCUCUGCGGACACGAUCAGGAUGAUGAUCAAACAUAAGCACCAUACAUACUGCUUGCAGUCACUUCUGAGGAGCGCCGAUCUGUUGAAUGAGCAAGAGCUCGUUGGCAUUUUGGGCUCAUGUGGAACAUCGCCAUACAUUUGCGAUCCUUGGAUAGUUGCUAAGGAGAACAUCAGUGGUAUCUCAUUGUUUGGAGUUGGGCUGCCAGAGCAGAUGAUACACAUCUUGCUGAGAGAGAGAAAUAGAUCCAGGAUCGACGCACUCCUAGCCACACCAACACAUUUUUCUCGAGCUGGCGCAACAUUUGGAAAACUGAUUGGAUCUGAUGUCAUGGCAUUCUUCAACCUGUUGCCUCCACAGCCAACAUUUUUGCUUAUAUCAUCCACCUAUCAAGCGGAUGUUAGUCGAUUGGACAUUGAUCUGAUCGAUUUCAUUUGGAGUAGAUUGAGUGACACACUCAAAUGUGAUCAAAAGUUCAUCAUUGAUGUGUUGUCAUCCAAUGCUGCAAUGAACAAUAUUACAAUCAUAGAAGAUAUUCAUCGAUUCGAUUGA